AUGUCUCUUCUGGGGAAUCCCCCGUUCCCAGCCGCGACUCUCCCGCUGAUUUGGGAAUCGCUUGGAUUUUUUACUGAUUUAUCAAAACAUUUUGUUACGUCUGAUCAUGAAUCUUCAGCAGUGGAUGACCAUGUGUCAGAAAACAAGAUGGUUGCUAUAGAUCAACUUGUUACACUCAGACUGACAUCACUGGGGUUCUUUGUACAUAUGGGAUUGCAUGUAUGUAGAACUGAGACAGUGGAGGAAACAAACAAAGUACAGAAGAUGUAUGAAAAGUAUCACAAUAUACCAGUCUCCUCAUCACCAUCUGGUCAGUUACAACUUAGUUACAUUGAUGAUAAUGAUGAUAACACCAAUUGUAAUCCUGCCAUCCAUCCUUUGAGAGAACAGAAUGAAAACAACCAUAAUAGGAAUAAAAGUUUUGAGGUUGUGUCAACCAUCGAAACAGGUGACUAUGCUCCAGACUCACAGACCGAAGAGGCUAUGCUUCAAUGGGCGCUGGCACUGAGUACACAAAAUAACACUGGAGAAGAUGAAGAGAUCAGCUUAGCACUUGAAACAAAUGCAAAGGAAACCCAAACACGGCAGAAAGAACCCAUGAGGAGACCGAAAAACGGUAAAACCCUAAAUGAUGUGGCUGCUACAACAGUUGAUGAUUGCCCAGAUUCCAUUCCGCAGGAAAGAUGCAAAACACCUGUUAACACACUCACAGAAACACAGUCACUAAAGACUCAGAGAUCAUCAAGAUAUAGAACUCCUAGUGGUAAAUAUGUAAGAAGGGAGAUGAAAGAAAAUCCAACCCUCAGAAGUAGUAAGAAAAGAAAAGGUACACCAGAUGGGGGAAAUGGAAAAAAGAAAUCCAGAAUUAAGUUGAAUGUAAGCCAAGAGGAUGAAGAUGAAGAAUUGAAAAAAGUACUUCAGUUAAGUUUAAAGGAAUGUCAGCAUGAAGCUAAAGUAGAGGAUGAUUUAGAGAAAGCACUAGCAUUGAGUUUACAAGAGACAACGAUUGAUGGAACACUGAAUGAUGCAAGUAAGAUGAGUAAUGAUCAUAAACUAGAUUGUGAUGUUCCACAUCUGCCAUGUGCUGGUGUUGCAGCUAGUCAGGUGUAUGUUAAUCAUCAAAAGCUUCGCCAUUUGAGUACUACCCAGUCUCCUAAACAUUCGGACCAGAAGACUUCAACUGACCAAAAUACUGCCAACUCAUCUGGACAUACUGACAACAACACUGCCAACUUGUCUGGACAUUCUGACCACAACACUGCCAACUCAUCUAGACAUUCUGACCAAAGCACUGCCAACUUGUCUGGACAUUCUGACCACAACACUGCCAACUCAUCUAGACAUUCUGACCAAAGCACUGCCAACUCGUCUGGACAUUUUGGCCACAACACUGCCAACUUGUCUGGACAUUCUGACCAAAACACUGCCAACUCGUCUGGACAUUCUGACCACAACACUGCCAACUUGUCUGGACAUUCUGACCAAAGCACUGCCAACUCAUCUAGACAUUCUGACAACAACACUGCCAACUCAUCUAGGCAUUCUGACCACAACACUGCUAACUUGUCUGGACAUUCUGACCAAAGCACUGCCAACUUGUUUGGACAUUCUGACCAAAGCACUGCCAACUCAUCUAGACAUUUUGACAACAACCCUGCCAACUCAUCUAGACAUUCUGACCACAACACUGCUAACUCGUCUGGACAUUCUGACCAAAACGCUGCCAAACCAUUGCUUGAAAACACUGCUAAAGAGAUAGAUGAAGACAAUGCAGACACUCUCAUCUAUGAUGAUACCAUGCAAGAAGAUAUGAUGGAUGUCGACACACAAGAAGAGGAACCUGAAACUGAAUCAGGAAUACUCGCUGCAAAACUAUUGAUUGAAAAUGCUGUCAUAGCAACAGAUGAAGACACUCUUAUAUAUGAUGAUACCAUGCAAAAACAUGUGAUUGAUGUUGACACAAAUGAAGAGGAACCUGAAACAGAAUCAGGAACACUAGCUGCAAAACCAGUGAUUGAAAAUGCUGUCAUAGCAAUAGAUGAAAACUACAUUGCGAACACUCACAUCUAUGAUGAUACCAUGCAAGAAGAUAUGAUGGAUAUUGACACACAAGAAGAGGAACCUGAAACUGAAUUAGGAUCAUACACUGCCAAAGAAGAUAGCAUUACUGGCAAGGAAUGUAAGCACAAACAUGAUAUAAACAUGAAAACACUUACAGAUAAAGUAAAACUGGAAACUGCUUUUAUUGGAGAUGUUGAUCUAACCAGAGACUCUCAGAAUGAUUCUCAGGAACAAUCUGAUUCUCAAGAAUCCUUGUACAUACUGGAAGAUGAUCAACCAGUCAAAGUACAUUCUUCUAAAGCAGGACGUAAAGAAGAUGUAAAACUCAAUAAAUCCUUGAGUUAUUCCAUUGACUUAACAGAGUCUGAUGAACAUUUGAUCUGUCUUCCAAAAGUAAAUCUUAUCACAAAUGUCAAUGUAGUGAACCCUACAAGGAGACCUGCUAGAAAAUCUCCAAAGAAACGAAAACAUCCUAAUGGGAAUACACAAACUGUGGGUGAUGAUGGUGGUCCUGAAUUGGCUCUUGCUUUGAAACUGAGUAUGAAUGACUUGCAUAAACAGUCUGAUGAAGAAUAUGCCAGGAAGCUACAGAAACAGUUUGACAAUGAUGUCAAGGAGAGCAUGGGUACAAAUACAGUAGUCAAUGUUAUAGAGAAAUCAGACGCUAAUGUUCCGUGGCAAGAGUUGAUAGACGUUGCUGCGAGGGAUAAUGCAGUGAACGUUCCUAGAACACCAACUCAUUUCAAGUCAAAUGUAGAAUCUACAUGUACAUCAAAGGCGCAAGAAGACACAGACUUUGAGGUAGCUGUGAAAUACCAUUGUGAUAUCAAUGGUAGAGACAGUUAUAGCAUCACUCCUAUGUCUUCAAAUGCCUUGACUGGAAAACCACCAAGUAAAUCUAAGGUAGCAUCUAUGAGAAUUCAAAACCAGAUUGAGGAGUAUAGAAGGCUUCAACGUGAAAAGAACAGUAUGACACCAAUAGGAAAGAAUUCCCAAACACACUCUGCUCCAUCUCACAGUGCAGGAAGUUCUUAUUCGUCUAGAAUUCCAUCAUCAACACCUAGUCGACCAUCAGCCUUUGUAACACCCACUGCAAACAUAACACCAUUGUCAUCAUUAAAACCUUCAGCAAAUGCUAGGAGUAUUUCCAGUGAUGAUGACGACGAUGAUUACCUGCCAGACGUUGGCCAUCUUCUUAGUCCAACAGCAUCUACACCAAAGUUAUCUACUUCACAUUUAACACCAAACAAGUCCCCAGCUACUGUCAAUCAUAGCCAGACAUCAUCUGUAUACAGUAGUGGUAUUGCACAGUCUCCUAGUGCUAUUACUGGUUCUCAAGACAGACUUUCAAAUACAACAUGUGGUAACUGUAAGGGUAAAGGUCAUACUAGAGUCAGUAAACAUUGUCCUGCAUACUUUUCUGAAUCAGAAGUCACCAGAAGACAGGAACGUGCUGAUAAACUUAGACAGACUAAAGAGGAAAAGGAGAGAAAGCUGGAACAACUACACACACAAUUGACUGAAAAUGCAGAGCAGUAUGAGCAAGCGCAGAGAACUAUGAUCAGACACUUUGGCAAUACAAGACAAAUCAUAGAGCAACUGAGUAAAUUGAAGAAGAGAAGAAGAAAAAAGUAA